GUUCCAAUGCAUUUUUUGUUUCUCUGCUGUUUGAAAAGUAAACAAAGACGAAACCCCAGCAGAGGUGAAAAGGAAAGAAAGUCUGUGAUCCAACCAUAAAACAGGGGAGAUACCUUGAAAUAGCCCGUUUCUACUGACUCCAGCUGUUCCAGUGAAUGGAGCUGAUUUAAGUUACACUGAGUCAUGGUUGACGAACCAGCAGCAGAAAUCCAGCUUCUCAGGAGCCUGAAGGCCAAGCUAAUAGACAUUCUGAGCAGCGAUGCCGACUUUGUGCUGCAGCGUGCACACUCACGCGGCCUGCUGUCUGAACACGGCUACCAGCGGGUGAAAGCGUGCCGUGUUCCAGGUGAGAAGGUGACGGACCUGCUGGAUCACAUCCUCCAGAGAGGGCCUGAAGCAGCGCAGGGACUCCUGGAGCUACUGAAGGAGCAGGACCUGCAGGAAACCUUCCCACUGCUUUGUUUUGUUAAGGAUCUGCAAGUCACUACAGGGCCAUCAGAAGCAAUAAGGAAGAAAAAGCAAGCACCUGAAACAGAGGAGAUAAUUCCAGUCAAAAGGAUCUGCAGAAACAGAUCUCGCUUGGUGACAGAGAAGCAGCUGAUGACCGUGGCCCGUGCCAUCGGCAGAUCUUGGCGAGAGAUCGGCAGACUGGCUCUGGACAUCCCCUCUGUGAAGCUGGAGCAGAUUGAGGAGGACAAAUCCCAGCACGUGGAGCGAGUGUUCGCCAUGCUGGGGCACUGGCGCACCUGCCAGCGGGAAGAGGCCACGGCGGCUCACCUGCACUCCCUGCUCAGUCAGGAGGACUGGGCACUGCCACCGGACAGAAUCGACUUUCUGUUGGACACUGUCUGAGGCCUUCACUGUCUGUGUGGAACCUGCUGAGCCUGAAAAACAUUCAAAGUGGAAGGUUUUUACUGGAAAAUCUGUUUUAUUUCUCAGCAAAUAGACGGUUGUUCCAUAUUUUUUAUUCAGUGUAUUUCCGAAGCUUUAAAUGGAUCAUUUACUUUUAAUGACAUUUCAGUUUGAUAUGAAAUGUUUCUGUUGUUUGCUAAAAUGUAUUUUAAAAGAUGUAUUUUUAUUUUUGUGCCUGCAGCAGGGAUUUUCACUCUCCUUUCAGUCAAUGAAAUUGUAUACACGCUAUCUCAACUCAUCAUUUAAUAAACGUUCUACCUGGAUCUGAAGAAACACACCAAGUUGAAACAGUCCCACUGACAUGGCUCCUGUUAUCUACAAAGGAGGACAGACAGGAAAUGCCCGUGUUUCACAACACACUGAAUAAUCGAUACAAUAGUUGCUGCCUUUAAGAAUUUUAUUACCUGGGAAAAAAAACAGAUAACCCUGAAAAUAGGGUUUUAAUCAGGUUUCAAUAGAAAUUCACACAGAUAUCAAGUCUGAUCGAUUGCAUUAACCAUAUGUUUAGGAGUCCGACAUAUUUAAAAGAUUAAAAACAAUACAGAAUUGGUAGUAAUAGCUGCAGCACACAUAUCCACAAAAUUAAUAUAUUAUGAUUAUCAGCUCAUACAAUCUAAUUAAAUGGGUAUAUUAUCAGUGUAUUAUUAUUCUGCUGAACUAUAAGCAGAAUAAUAGGAAUAGCUAGUCCAGUUGUAGCUGCUCUGCACUGGUUGCCUGUUACACACAGGAUUGACUUUAAGGUUCCCCUCCUUACGAAUGGACUAGAACCAAUAAGUUACAUAUUUGACUCUCUAGUUAUUUAUUCUAUUAGAGGUGUGAUGGAAAUUCAUCUUUCAUCAUUCUCAGACUGGAGUUGCCUUUUUUUAAUAGUAAGCUCUGCAGAGGUUACACAACAAACACGGGUGCUCAAAAUGGAAUUGGCCGCAAGUUCACAAAAGUCAGAACUGAUACAAACAGGCUUAUCAAGGUCAUAGCAGUGAGACACCGCCAAAUAAGGGUUCCAUCCUGUCAGGUAGACAGUAUCACAGCAGUGAGACUGGUCAGGGGGAUUUUCCACUACCUUAGACACUGGUCAGUUGAAUUUUCCACUACAGAGGUUUCCCAACAACAGCCGAAAGAAAAUCAGAGAUUCACCUUUUGUAAACUACGCUCCAAAGUAGUGGAACAGACUAAAUAUCAGAGAAACUAGUUCAGUAAACAUUUAUCUUUACUUCAGCCUUUAACUAGAUCAACAUGCACUUGCCUACUCCUGCGCUUUUAUAAUCUGUAUCACUUUUGUUCUUUUCUGUUUUUAUGCAUUCAUCUAUCUGAUAUUACUUCUUUAUAUUUUGUAUUUCCUUUUCUUUUGAAUGUCAUUUUAACAUGGUCCUGUGUUACUUAAAAUCUGUUCUCUUAUAUGGACAUGUUUCUAUUGUUAUGGACAUUUCUUUUUUUUUAUCCAUAUUGUAUGUAAAGCACUUUGAGCUGCAUUUCUUGUAUAAAAGGUGCUAUACAAAUAAAGUUUUGUAUUAUUAUUAUUAUAAAUAUAACGACACCAUUGUCUUAAUAAAGUAGCACAUUCUGAGCA